CGUACAUCCAUGUUUGUUAUAACUUGUACAAGGAACUCUUUUUCUCAACUAUGGCGGUCAGCAAUAUUGUCUGUGCACUUCUUUUGCUGCCAACCCUUGGGCUGAGCCACAUCGACAGACACAGCAUAUUGUCCCAAUUCAACGUCAUUCGAUCAAGCCUCAUAGAUAAUAAAACGACGGCCUUGCAGGUUGGCAAUGGGAAUUUCGCUUUCAAUGUCGACAACACGGGAAUGCAGACGUUCUUGCCCUUUAACACCCUGUCAAGCUGGGGCUGGCAUAAGGACUCUCUGCCGAUAAACGGUGAAAACAUUAGCGACUACCAUGGGGUUGGAAAGCUAACCCACGGCCGGAAGGUCUCAUACGACAUUCCCGAUCCUGAUCUUCCGGAGGUUUCUCAGUGGCUUAUCGCCAAUCCCAAUCGCGUCAAUCUGGGCCGUAUAGGUCUCACUUAUAAGAAUGCCACCAUCACGGCAUCUCAAAUCACUGAUCCAAGGCAGGAGCUCAACUUGUGGGACGGGACCAUAACGUCAACUUUCAAAGUCGACGGGAAGGCCGUGCAGGUCAUCACCCAGGGAGACUUUGAGACUGAUGCAGUAGCUUUCGACAUCAAAUCAGACCUGAUCUCUUUGGGUGAUCUUAAAGUCGAGCUUGACUUUCCCUACCCACCAAUUCACAGCACUACCUACAAAUUCGAGGUGUUUGUGGGCGUCUACGACUUCCCACAGAACCACACCACAUUCAUCGCCGACCCUCCAAAUAGGAAGAUCCCUACCGCUCACAUCUACCACGAGAUGCAGGAGACAAAAUACUUUGUCAACCUGAGGUGGCCUUCCACCUCCACCUGCAACCUCCAACUGACGAGGAACGAGCCCGCAAGCUCCACCGCCGUCACCGCCCACCGCUACACUCUCGCUCCCGGGCCGUCCUCCGCCGCGACCUCCUCCUCAACUAUGACCUUCACCGCCCACUUCUCACCGGAGAAGCGCAUCCCCGACUUGCCAUCCGCCAUCCAGCAAAGGAACCGGAAGGGCUGGAACGAGUACUGGAGCGACGGCGGGUUCGUUGACCUCACGGCGUCGACCAACCCGAACGCGACCGAGUUGCAGCGCCGCAUCCUCCUGUCGCAGUAUCACGUCCGCGUCAACAGCGCCGCGCAUGGUCAGUCGCCGCAGGAGAGCGGGCUGAUGAACAACGGGUGGUACGGCAAAUUCCACAUGGAGAUGGUCAUCUGGCACAACGCCCACUGGAGCACCUGGGGCCGGCAGAAGUACUUUGACAACAUCUUCCCCGAGCUGUAUGAGACGCUGCUUCCGUCGUCGCUGGAACGUGCUAAGAACAUGGGCUGGGAAGGGGCGAGAUGGCCCAAGAUGACCGAGGUCGUCAGCCAGGAGAAUUCUCCAGGAGGAAUCAACGCAUUCCUUAUGUGGCAGCAGCCCCAUCCCAUGUACCUUGCCGAGCUGGCCUACCAGGCCUCGCCUACGCGGGAAACACUGAAGCAUUGGGACAAUGUCAUCACCGCCUCCGCUGACUACAUGGCAUCCUACGCGUGGAAGAAUGCCAGCUCGGGAUACUUCGACCUUGGGCCACCAGCAUACGGCGUCACCGAAAACACCCCUCCCGAGGAGUCCCUCAACCUAGCUUACGAGGUCUCCUACUGGCGCUACGGCCUCGACAUCGCCCGCCAAUGGAAACACCGCCUCCACCAGCCCAUCCCCGCGCAAUGGACCACCGUCGCCGCGAACAUGGCCCCCCCUCCCCAGGCGGGCGGCCUUUACGCCGACUACGAGGGCCUGAACAGCUCCUGGUGGGCGGACCCAGACCUGAACGGCGACCCGCGCAGCAUGAUCAUGCUGCAGGGCACGCUUCCCGAUACUCCCGCCGUCGACCACGAGGUGGCUCGCCGCACGGCGGAUAGGGUCUGGGAGGUUUGGACGGAUGGUAAAGUCGCGGGCUGGGGUCGUCCCGUGCUUGCUAUCAACUCGGCUCGGGUCGGGAACCCGGAGAGGGCGGUGCAUCACCUCACUGCGUAUGAUUACUGGUCGUUUGAUGAUGCGGGUUUUGCUUCCAGGGGUAUUAGCAGCGGCACACCUCCACCGUUUAUACCCGGCAACGCGGCCUUCCUCUACGCCGUGGCAUACCUGGCAGGCGGAUGGCGGGGCUCCGAAGGUAACGCUCCGGGCUUUCCCAAGAAUGCUGGGUGGGUGGUUAAGCAGGAGGGGCUCGUUAAGGCACUGUGAUGGGGAGACGGGAUGUUUUAAGAGGGCCUUGAUAGAAUGCAAGGCGAGUAUUCGCAGC